ACAUACACAUACAGAAAGAAAUAUUUUGGCCCUCUCUCUCGAGUGAAAAAACACUGCAAAUUUCACACAGGCGCUAUGGGAAAAAUCCAACCGGCGCUUCAUUGGAGGGGAUAUGGCUUUCACCAAGGAGCGGCUCCUUGCUCGUUUACAGGAGCUUCAAAUAGGUUUCUCCCAAUAUGAGCAUCCUGUUGUAUUGACAGUGGAAGCUCAGGCAAAGUAUGUUGGGAACAUGAAAGGUGCACUGAGUUCUUGAAGGACAAGAAACAGAGAUACUAUAUCGUUUCUACUUUGGCGGACACAGAGGUAGAUUUUAAAGGUAUAUAUGUUUUUUUUCAUUGGUAGUCUCUGUUUCUCAUAUCUCUGUUGUGUUGUGUCGUUCCACUGAAGGACUUCUACUCCAAAAGUUUGGUCUCUUAAGAAAAGUAACUUUGUAAUGUCAAUUUACUAAUUAUGUUGAAGAACUAUGCAGUUCUGUCUCAGAGACUUGGUCUGGGAAAAGGAGGUGUAAGAAUGGCUCCAGAAGAGGCACUUUCAGAAAUUCUUCACGUAUUUGCGUCUUAAUCAAUGCAAUCUUAUAUUAAUGAUGUUAUUAACUGGCUUAUUUUAUUAGUGAGAUUUAAUAUUUUAAUUAUAGCUAGAAUUUAUGUGAAUUUUUUCUAAGGGAAUAAUAUUCAUAUUCUUGCAAUGCUAGCUCACACUACCAUUUGCAGCUGGAUUAAGCUCAUUUAAGUUUUUUUUUUUGUAUAUCAACUUAUUACUGAGCAUUUAGUAUUUUUAUGUGAAUUUUAGUGCAUACUCGGGAAGCAAAUGGUGUCUUGAUUAAAUAUUCUAUAUUUUAUUAUGUAAAUUAACUGGACAUAUUGCACCAAAUGAGAUAUUGAAUGGUCCAAAUUUAGCUACCAUGCAGUGAUUUCGAGAAGAAUAUAUAGUAGAGAAUUUUAUUAGAUAGUCAUGUUUAAUAAAUGAUUUUUCAUUUGAAGUAAAAAUUUAAAUGAUAUUACGUUUCUUUUCAGAAGUAAGUACUAACUUCUUAUUUUACUUUUUAAAUUUCCAGUAUUAUUUUUCAAAAUUAUUAUUAGUUUCCAUGGGGACAUAUAUUGGUUGUGGUGUCACUGAGUAGUAGGAUAAUGAUAAUCAUCAAUUCUCUUGAUGUGGGUACUUAUUUUAACGAUAAUUGAGAUUAUAUCUCUAUGCAUUUGUUUUAUAUAUUGUAGGUACCCCUAGGUUGUGUUACUCCCUUUGCACUUGUGAAUGAAUCAGCAAGAUAAAGGAUUUAAAAGUCAAGAAUGCUGUUUCUUCGAUCCGUUGUCAAAUGACAUGUCAAUUGCUCUUAAUGCUCAUGAUCUUGACAAGUUUCUGAAUUCAAUUGGAAAAACUCCUGCCUAUGUUGAUCUGGAGGCUACCCCUACUGUGGGGAAAGACCAACCUCCAGAUCUAGCUAGUCUUGUCCCAUCCGAUGCAUUGAUCUCAGCUGAUCCUCCAGUAACAAAGGAAUCUUCUAAAGGUCUGGAGAAAAAUCACACCUCUGCAGAUAAGCAACCCGUAAUUGUUGCAGGGGCAAAACCGGCAAAACCAUCCAAUGCUUCCACAAAGGAGAAACCUUCUGGCACUAUGAACUCGUCGAUCACUUACGCUGACCCUAAUAAAUUUGUUGAUGAGAUUCUGGAAAAGACUAGAACCAUAGUUCUCUCAGAGAUAAAGGAGGACGAGAACAUAGAGAAAUAUCGGGAGCUACUUGCAACUAUAGUUUUGAACAAUAUAAGCAAACAACUUGGCAUGGAGUUGAAGAAUCUUGCUACAAUAUUCAAGAACAUGGCAUAUACAGAAGGCUUCAAAGAGGGCAUUCAUCAUCAGCCAAAGAGAAUGUAAAAUUACCCACAUUCAUUGAAAAUGCGUAGAAACCGAUUAUCAGAAAAAAGCUAACUGGAAUGGUUUAAUUUCAUUUUUCAAAUGCAAUUUGACUCGAAUGAUGUGAUUCUUUAUUCCAACAUAUCAUGACAAUUCUUAAUUAUAA